UAAAAAAUUAUUCAGGGGCUUAGUAAAUAUCAUUAUAAUUCUAAGUUAGAUGACCUUGAUUAAAUCUUUGAAAAUCACAAAAGUGUUAUCUUGAGUUGAAAAUACUGAAAAGAAUGCUUAAAUUUUCAACACCAGUUUUUGAGUUGAACUGAGCUCUUUUGUUCAAGUUUAUUUAAAAGAAAAAAUUCUGUAUUUGAAACACAGGGUGCAUUAUUUAAAUCUACUCAAUAUAUCUCAUAGAAAGUACUCAAAAUGACUGAGACACUGGUAUUCAUACUUAUCAUUGUCUUGAACUUUAAUUAUUAAUGGUUCAAAAUCAAUAUAAUUUUGUCCCCCAAUACUAACUUAAAACUUUGAGUAAGACUAAUGACCUUUGGCAUGUACCGCGCGCGAGGAGCAUGGCCUCAUGGGAGAUUUUCUGCACGUUGAACGAGACAGACACACAUCCACUGCAGACUUGGUAACGUUUUCAGGUAAGUGACCAAUUCUUACAUUAGCUGUCUUUAUCCACACCGUUCUUUUAUAACAUGUUCUGAAGAAAGCGUUUGUCAUGGUGGCUCACUUUUCGCAGCGUGUUUGUGUACGUUAAUUUAAGUUUUCAACCCGUCUUCCAGUCAAGGCGGCGGGAAACCGCGCCCUUUUAUCCUUUUACGUUCUGAGUCGCUAUCUGCGUUCCGGGUAAUUUGACCGGAAUGUCCCGGUACCAGCGACCUGACCGUUUAAUCGGGGGCAUUUUAGGAACCACGUGAAAGCAGGUGUGCUCAGACAUUUCUAGAAAAUGGCCCUGUUGAGUCGCGGUGCGGGAGCUGCGGUAGUCACGCGGCCUGACUCACUCUGUCAGGUUGUUCAGGAGGAGAUGAACAGACGUCAUCAAUGGCUUUGCACCAUCUUCACCACCAGGAGAAAAAAAUCUGCAUCAACUACAAAGUAAAGCAGGUCAGUGCAGAGUUUCAUAGGAUCACGACCCUGAACCUUGAACCAAAGUUCAUGUCAUCGUUGGACUUGUAUUCAUCCAAACUCCUGUCCUUGUUUCAAGCCAAGAAAGGUGCUGCUGGACAACGCCACAGGGCACAGUUAAACCUUCUGCUUCAGAGUGGAAAUUCCAUCGAGAAAAAACGAGAAGUCAUCAUCAGAUGUCUCAUUGACCAUCUGGGAGAGGAUCCAAGUGCCUUAAUCAAAACCUUUGAGGACGGUGCUGAUGCUGUCUUUGUUGAAGAGGCUUUGGCUGAGGAGGUGAUGAAGAUUUACCUGCUGCAGAAUCAAGACAGGUCAGGCGAACCUACUGAUGUGGGUAUUGUUAUUGAAGGCGUUACUGUUCUGGGCAAACUUGGGAAUCUGAGCAAAGCCUGUUGCUAUCUUUUGGGACUGUGUUAUGCUCUGGAUCUGAAAUACCCCAAGAAUCUCAAAUGCACAUUUGAAGCAUUUCAAAAAGUGUUCAUGGAGCUGGAUCCAGGAAACCUUUCUGUCAAGGUUCAAAGACUGAAAAAUGAUCUCUGUUCAUUGUAGACAAAAUUUCACAGGGCUGUUCUUAAAGUGUUAGACUUGUUAAGUGACAUGUAAUGCUCAUCAAAAGGUUCAGUUGCGGCAUUACAUUGUGUUGACAUUCCUGUUCAUAAAUAAUGUUUGUACCAUAAACUGUGUUUUUGUAUUAACUUUCCAGAUUCACAUUAAGGUGUAAAUGGGAGAGUAUCUUCUGUGUGUUUUUUUUUGUUUGUUUGUUUGUUUUGUUUUUUUAGCGCAAUCCUUUUUGAAACCUUUUUAUUUAAAUUAUGGAUGUUUUUUGGUCACUCUUUAGUUAUAAUCUUCCCAAUUUUUUGGAAUCAAAAUAAGAUGUUCAAAAACUAUGUCGCAGUGCAAAUGUUUUUUUUUUUUUUCAGGAUUUAUAUUUUUUUGGGAUCUUAAUUUUAUUUUUGUCAUUUGACCUUUUCUGAAAAGGUAAAGCACUGCGUUCACUUGAGCCACUUUUAUUCUUUGUAUGGCAGGUACAUUUUUCUUGUUGUUAGCAUCAAUAUGCCAGUUUUACAGAGUUUUAUCAAGCAUGCCAAUUUGGAUGCAAUUUUAUUAUACAAGGCUGUUGUGACUGAAAUUUUAUCCAAGUUUUAUCCACUGAAUGUAGAACAGAUUUCAGCUCACUGUGUUCAGAGAAGGAAUCUGCUAAAUGUGUGAUUCACAAAAAAGCUGGUUAAAAUAAAUCAUUGUGAACAAUGUUGAA